ACGAUUCUAAUCUGGACAACUUUAACUGCCACCGGGUUUGUGGAAUGCACAGUAUAACUGACCUUCCCACAACUCAAACAUGUCCCACCCCGUAAGACACACACGCUAGAACACUUCCACGUCAGCUUAUUUGAGGGCUCGGUGUGGCCUCGGCCAAGUUUCAUGGAUUUAUCAUCUACUGAAAAACUUCCAGCACUUUCAGAACCAAACACAACGAAUAAAAGCAACAACAACAACAACAAAAAAAAGCAAAAGGAUGAAGGUAGAAAUGAACAGUCCUUGUUGGAUUUGAAGAACUGUUGAGGUCAUUCUAUGAUUAUAUCUGAAUUGUCUAGCUUUGCCAUCCAUUGAAAAUAACUAUAUACCUCUCAGUUUUAUAAACCCUGCCCCGGGCAACUUGCCCUAAGGUGCCCUGUUUCCAAUUCACUACGUGUCUUAUUUCCUUAUGGAAAAAGACAAUUUCCAGAAGUCAGAAUUAGAGAAGAGUGGAUCUUCCAAAAGAACUACUCCCAAAAGAAUUAUCCAUUUCAUUGAUGGAGACGUCAUGGAAGAAUAUAGCACAGAGGAGGAGGAAGACGAAGAGAAAAAGGAACAGGAAACAAAGUCAACACUUGAUCCUUCUACACUUUCAUGGGGGCCCUACCUAUGGUUUUGGGCAGAGCAAAUAGCAAGCACCUCAUUUUCUACAUGUGAAUUCCUCGGUGGAAGAUUUGCUACCUUCUUUGGCCUUAAUCAACCCAAAUAUCAGUAUGUGUUAAACGAAUACUAUAGGACACAAAGUAAGGAAAGUGACAAGGAAAGUGAAGGGGAUGGAUCAAAGACCCAGCCAGCCAAGAUUCCUAAUGAAAGGUGUCACCUGGAAGCUAGGGGCCAAGAGUAUGGAACUAGACAACAGGACAUCGUAGAGGGUGUUCCUCAGUGGAGCGCCUCCUCCAGGGAGGGCCUGGCAGCAGAUUUCAGCUCAUAAUGGCCAGCAGGACUAUAGUUCCUCUGGAUGUCUGUUCCACUGCUAUUGGUGACCAUGACCAAAGCACCACAGGUAGUGCUCCUGAGCUGAUCUGUGAUUUAUUCAGCAAGCAAUAAUGAGAAUUAUGGAUGCGUUCUCAAUUUUAUAAGCCCCCCAAGUCAACUCCCGCCCCCCGCUUCCGCCCAGCAGUGAUGCAAGUCUUGCUAGUCAGUUAUGAACUCUUAUUAUUCAUGUUUGCACAGAAAUGCAAAUGCCUUAAGGAAUUUGGAUCUGGCAGUUUUGGAUUGAAACUCUUCAUCAUGGGGCUAGGGUACAGAAAAGAAGCUCUCUUCCCGAAGAUACUUUGGACAUUGUGAAGUCUAAAUAAGUCCCCUUUCAGCGUUUGAUGUAAGGUGUGUGCUUCCCCAAAGCCACCCUGGCUUAGUUGGGGCUUGCUUUACAAUAAGCAAACAUUGCUAGUAACUUUGUACAUCAAAGUCUUUGAGGAUUGGGUGCAUUUUCCCCACACACAAUUAAAAAAAAAAUCUAGGCUCUAGAAAAAGUAUUUGAAAAAACGGAUGAUUUUGUUUAUUUGUCAGCAAAAUUUUAUUUUAUUUUAUUUUAUUAUUUUUUUUGUCAGCAAAAAAUUUUUUUUUAUAUAUUUUUUUUUGAAUUUUUAUUUUUAUUUAUGAUAGGCACACAGUGAGAGAGAGAGAGGCAGAGACACAGGCAGAGGGAGAAGCAGGCUCCAUGCACCGGGAGCCCGACGUGGGAUUCGAUCCCGGGUCUCCAGGAUCGCGCCCUGGGCCAAAGGCAGGAGCCAAACCGCUGCGCCACCCAGGGAUCCCUGUCAGCAAAAUUUUAAAACCUGGGAAGAUCACACAUGGAAAUCAUAGCUAGAUAUCACAAAUUGUGCUGGCCAGAGGUCGCUGGGCUAUAAUAGAAAAACACAGGAUUUGCAGUAAUAAGACCUGAGGUCAAGUCUCAAUUUUAUCUUAUACUAGUUGUGUGAUUUUAGUUGUCCAGAUUUCUGAGCCUUAGUCCCCUUCUUUGUAAAAUAGGGGUGGCAUAUAUUUAUUCCUCAAGGGUUGUUGUUAAACAAAAUGGUAUAAAUGUGAAAACACUUUUAAAAGUGUAAAUAUUCAAUGUUAACGCUUCCUUAAUGGCUAUUAUAGACUGUUACCUUGAAAGUCUCCAAAAAACCAUGCCUUCUGGAAUUCAUGCCAUGGUACUGUCCCAUUUACACUGACCCUGGGCUUGGCCCCAUGACUUGUUUCAGCCAAUGAGACAGUAGCAAAGGUGAUGCAAGUGGAGGCUUGAUGAGCACCUGCAAAUGGAAACCUGUCAUCUUAGAAACUUCACCUUGUGGGCACCUGGGUGGCUCAGUCAGUUAGGCAUCUGCCUUCUGCUCAGGUUAUGAUCCUAAUGUCCUGGGAUGGAGUCUCACAUUGGGCUCCCUGCUCAGUGGGGAGUCUGCUUCCCCCUCUGCCCUCAUCCCUGCUUGUGCUCUCUCUCUCUCUUUCUAUCUCAGAUAAAUAAAUAAAAUAUUAAAAAGAAAAAGAACUCCACCUUGUAAAGGGCUUGACUUCUCAAUAAUGAAAGGCCACAUGGAAAGAAAUUCCCAAGGAUGAAAGACUCUCGUGCAUUCCAGUCCCAGCCAAGCUCCUCACCAAAUGCAGCCACAUAAAGGACCUCUUUAUCCUACGUGGAGCAGAUGAACCCUGCAGCUGAGUCCAGUCAACCCACAGAAUCACGAGAAAUAAUAAAUCAUUAUUGUUUUGGAGUGGUUUGCUAUGUAGGAAUAUGCAGCUGAAAUAAUAGCUCUAAGAGAAGGGGAACUUGGAAUUGAUCUGAUAUAAAAUCUAGAAGAAGGCCUGGAGAAUAAGGCAUUGUUGGUUGAAUAUAUGAGAAUAAGACAGGUUUUGUGGCAUAAUAGGACCACUCUAAGACCUCAGUGGUUUGAAACAACAACACUUUGUUUCCUUCUCAUGAGAAGUCCACUGUCAGUUCAGGUGGCUUCCCAGAGUGUUGGCGCAGUGGUACCUGCAUCUCUGAUCCUACGAUUCCUCCAGACUGUGAUGCAUUCAGGGCUGCUGAAGCAGAAGUGGAGUGGUCAGUUAAGCACUCGCAAUCAGCGUCUCCACUAAGAAUAAAACAUGUCACUUUUGAUUAUGUUUCUUCCACCACAGCAAAUCACAUGGACACAAUUAACUUCAAGGGGUGUGAGCCUCCUAAGACAGCUGAGAAGGGGAAACACUUUCUUCCAGCGGCAGUACGGGAUAAAUGACAGACUCAAGCAUCGAUAUGGUAUUGAUUUCAUCUCAGCUCUGUCGCCCCUUUGUAACCCGAUGGCCCUGUGCAAGUGACUCAACUUCACAAUGUUCUGAUGUAUACAGCAGAUUUGAUACAGGCAGCAAAUUCAAUUUGGACUAGCUUAUGCAACAAAAAAAGAGAAUUUUUUGGAGGGGUAUUGAGGUAUCUUAUGCACCCCAGGGGUGCAUAAAUUUCAGUACAUCUAGAAAAAAUCUAAUAAACACAUACAUGAGCAAUACUCUCUCCAUUUCUCAUCUUUCUUUCCUGUGAGGAAGAAAGAUUACUUCAUAGCUCUUUUAUUUUUUAUUUUUUUAUUUUUUUUUUACUUUAUUUUUAAAGAUUUUAUUUAUUUAUUCAUGAGAAUACACAGAGAGGAGAGAAAGAGAGAGAGGCAGAGACACAGGCAGAGGGAGAAGCAGGCUCUAUGCAGGGAACCAGACGUGGGGCUUGAUCCUGGGUCCCCAAGAUCACGCCCUGAGCUGCAGGCGGCGCUAAACCACUGAGCCACCGGGGCUGCCCUAUUUUUUAUUUUUUAAAAGAUUUUAUUUAUUUAUUGCAGAGAGAGAGAGAGAAAGAGAGAGAGAGAACAUGAAAGCAGUGGGAGGAGCAGAGGGAGAGGGAGAUAAUCUCCAGCAGACUCUGUGCUUAGCACAGAGCCCAACGAGGGGCCUAAUCCCAUGACCCUGAGAUCACCACCUGAGCUGAAACCAAGAGUUGGACACUCAAUCGAAUGAGCCCCUGAGGUGCCCUAGCUCUUUUAUUUUGUAAUCUUUAUUGAGAUAUAACUGAUCUAUAAUAUUGUAUUAGUCUUAGGUGUACAACCUAAUGAUUAAUAUUUGCUUGUAUUAUAAAACGAUCACUACAAUUAGUCUAGUUAACUAACAUCCACCACACAGAAAAUUUUUUUUCUUGUGAUGAGAACUUUUAAGAUCUACUCUUUUAGCAACUUUCAAAUAUACAAUGUUAUUAACCAUAGUUAUCAUGCUGCAUCAUUACAUCAUCAUGAUUUAUUUAUUUUAUAACUGGAAGUCGGUACCUUUGACCACCUUCACUCAUUUCACCCCCCUCAUCAUCCUCCACCUCUGGCAAACACCAAUCUGUUCACUCUAUCUACGAGUUUGGAUUUUUGUUGUUGCUGUGUGUUUUUAUUGGUCAGUUUUUAGAUUUCACAUAUAAGUGGGAUCAUGUGGUACUUGUCUUUCUUCAUCUGACAUAUUUCGCUUAGCAUAAAAAUGCCCUCAAGGUCCAUCCAUAUUGUUACAAAUAACAAAAUUUCCUUUUUUUCAUGGCUACAAAGUAUUUCACUGUGCAAAUAUAUAUGUGUAUGUGUGUGUCUCUGUGUGUACCGUUUCCUUUAUCCAUUCAUGCAUCGAGGGUUACUUCUGUGUUUUGGCUAUUGUAAAUAGUGCUGCA